CCCAAAUACUUAUCGAUAUUUUAUAUUAUACCAUACCUAGCUAGCUUUUAAAUAUUAAGUUACUUAUUAACAGCGAAAAUGCUCGGGAAUCUGAAAGUUUUCAAAAGUGUCUUAGCGACGGAGAAAGCAAUUCAAUUGUUAAAUGGUGGCACAAAACUAAUUAACAGAAAGAGUCAUGUUGUAUCAUAUCGAAGUGCACCACCGCCUCACUCAAAGGCAACUAGGAUUGGCGCUGUAGCAGUUGGAGGAGCCAUGUGGUGGUGGGUAAUUUGGCACCUUUGGCAUGAGCCAGAUCACAUUACCGGAGAGUUCGAUUACCCAAAUGCUGCAAAAUGGUCCAAUUUCCAUUUGGGAAUUCCUCGUGAUGAAAAAUAAUAAAAAAAAAAAACAUUAAAAUUGAAAUUCUUUGAAUGUUAUCGAAAAAUGUUUACUUACUGAAUAAAUUAAAUGUACAGUAAACAAUAAAAUUAUUCACCAACAAUAA